CUUAGAGUUUCGUUACGAAGCCGUUCUUUUGCGAGCUCGUUUCGAGGAGAACAGACACAUUACUGACCCAAUCAAAGCCAAGAAGUUACUCGAAGAGGGUUGGGCAGAAUUGAAAAAGAAAAAGUUCGCGUUCCCAUACCUCUGUAGAUUGGUGGAUAAUUGGCAUCCCCUUGAGAAAUUGCAGUUUCCUGACUACUUUGCUAGACGUGAAAAGCGAAAGGCCGAGUUCGUUGAACGUUGGAAGCUUCGCUACGGUGAACCAGAGCCACAAACCCACUAG